UCAGCUGUGCUGUGCAUUCCAAUGUGUAUUGAGCAGGAGGCAGGUAGACCUGCAGAUCUCUUCACACUUCACAUUCCAAGCUGUGCCAAUGGCUGAGGCGGCUCCAUCUCCCAGGAGGGUCACAUCCUGGCAUUUGAGUCGUUUCGCCCCUUCUCCUUCUCUUGCAGAAAUCCAGAUGAGGGAGAAGAGGUUCGUCUUGGAUUGUGUGGCUGUUGAACGUAUUUCUAAAGACUACAGCGUCUCCCUACCGAAACUUGGCUCUGUUAUCCCGCCGUACAAUUCCCAGAAGGACUACCAUGUACGCGGCUAUUUCCUGGCUAGGCCUGUGCCACCAGUACUGAAGAAAACUGGACAGUCAAAUGGAGGCACCUCAACUUAUGGGGAACUGGCUGACCGAUUCCAGUACAAAGGCGCCGCUGCUUUCUACCUUCUGAGCCGGAAUUAUAGCGGGUCAGGUCACUCAGCAGAACACACCAGCGGUCAUGGCCAGUUCUUGUCGUCCGUCAAACCUGUAAUCGGCUACAAUGGACUCUAUGGGUACAGAAGAAACACCCCGUCCCUGCGCAGAACGCCCUCAGCCUUCGGGAUCGUCACCAAGUCAGCUAUUUACUAAAUAAAGAGAUAAUGUUCUGUCUUUGCAAGAAGCACGUGAGCAACAUUUUGUGAGCUUGAUGAGUGUAACGCCUUUUCUUUAUGUUGGUAGAACAGACGGCGCUGUGCGUUUUCUAAUGUCGUGAAAUUGUCAACAUUCCCGUAUUUGUCCGUACAAGAGUCAUUUUCUGUAAUGUAUUGUUUGCAUCCACACCAAUGUACUUCAAUAGCACACAUUGACCAUCUGCCACUGAAUUUCGUUAUGUUUAUUGGCACUCAUAAAAAGAUAUUUUUUAUUAAAAAUAUUGCCCUUGUGGCAAAAGGCAA